UAAAAUCCAUAUACCCCUUGUCCUUCUUUCCUCUCUUACCGUUAAAAGCUAUCCAUUUCGCCACAUCUCUCUUUCCAUUUCCUUCUUAUUAACUCUAUCCAUUUCGCUUUCUGUGUAAACUCCACUUUUCCUUUUCCUUUUCCCUUUCCUUUCCUUUAGAUUCUUUGCUUUUGAGAUCUGUGUUCUCUCUCUCUCUCUGUCUUUGUUUUUGUCAUUCGUUUGUUGCCUAUCGACAAAAGAAGAUGAAGAAAAAGUCUUGAAGAUGUUGCAUAGAUUUGGUUUUUUCCUGGUAAGAAUCAAAGAUAAAAUCUGGGGUUUUCGUAUAGUGAGUAAAUGCUUGACUUAUUUCUGCUGAUUCACGUUCGAUCCCAAAUUUGGCUGCGCAAAAGGAAAAAAAGGAAAAACAACAAAACCCCUAUUCUUCUUCUUCUUCUUCUUUGAUUUUGCAACUAAUAGUAACUAUAGAAAGAAAGUCAUAAUUUUUCCUUUUCUUUUCCAGUCCAAAUACUAUAAGAUUAAAAACCCAUCAUAAAUUUUCAAUUUUCUUUGCCUUUUUGAUAAUCUUCUUUUGAGCUGAGUUGGUUUGUGAUUAACUGUGGUGAUUGUGAAAAGGGUAACCCAAAAAAACAAAAUCAGAUUUUACUUAGUUGAACUAAACAUAUUAUAAAAGUGGCGAAGAUGAGUUUAAGUGCAGCUGAGGAUGAUUCAGGGUCAGAGAUUCAUAUCCCAGCAGAUAUAGAUUGGCACAUGCUUGAUAAAUCCAAGUUCUUUUUUCUUGGUGCCGCUUUAUUUUCAGGUGUAUCAGCUGCUCUUUACCCUGUAGUUGUCUUGAAAACUAGGCAACAAGUCUCAUCUACUCAAGUUUCUUGCUUUAAAAUGUCAUUCUCCAUCAUGAGAUAUGAAGGACUGAGAGGAUUCUACAGGGGUUUUGGUACCUCUUUGAUGGGGACAAUCCCAGCUAGGGCACUUUACAUGGGAGCCCUUGAGGUUACCAAGAGCAGUGUUGGCACUGCAACUGUUAGUUUAGGAUUUUCGGAUACUACAGCUACUGCUUUAGCUAAUGCAGCUGCUGGGUUGAGCUCAGCUAUGGCUGCGCAACUGGUUUGGACCCCAAUUGAUGUUGUAAGCCAGAGACUAAUGGUUCAAGGAUAUAAUGACAGUAACAGUAGCAAAAAUGUAAAUCUCAAUGUGAAUUUUUGUAGAUAUAGGAAUGGUCUUGAUGCGUUUAGGAAAAUUCUAUAUGCAGAUGGUCCUAAAGGAUUAUACAGGGGAUUUGGGAUCUCGAUUUUGACAUAUGCACCGUCUAAUGCGGUUUGGUGGGCAUCUUACUCUGUUGCACACAAGCUCAUUUGGAGUGGCAUCGGUUGUUCUAUGGGUAAAAAAGAUGAGAGUGGAAGUAUUGUGAUGGGGUCUGGUUUUAGGCCUGAUUCAAAGGCCUUGGUGGCGGUCCAAGGGUUAAGUGCAGCCAUGGCUAGUGGCAUUUCAGCUUUAAUCACUAUGCCACUUGACACCAUCAAGACCAGAUUACAGGUUCUGGAUAGAGAAGAGAAUGGAGUAAGAAAACCAUUGAAUAUACUGCAAACAGUGCGGAAUCUAGUUCAAGAAGGCGGAUUGGCAGCUUGUUACCGAGGAUUGGGACCAAGAUGGGCAUCAAUGGCUCUGUCUGCAACAACCAUGAUAACCACCUAUGAGUUCUUGAAGCGGUUAUCAACUAAGAGCCAAGAGCAAUUGACAUCAUGAAAAAAAAAAGGGAGGCUGAGGGCUUUAACCGGUUUGCUUAGUAACAAGGGUCACCACUUGUAAAUUAUUUUCUUCCUUUGGCUUUCCUAUGAUGAGCAUCACCUGCAUAUUAAUGUAAAACAUGUAUCUAGCAGUUUUUCCUUCUUUUUUUCAUCUGGAUCACGCUGUAAUUAUGUAUCUUUCAUGUUUUCAAUCUAAAUCAUGGUUCAAUCCUUCACUACCCCAA